UCAUUUUUUUAUUCCAUCUAUUGAUUUAGAUUCAUAUAGAUCCUGCAUUACAACCGCUACCACUGAAUGAACGAGAAUUACAACAACAGGAUGCACCCAUUUUACAACCAUCCAAUACACCGGAAUUGCAACCACCCAGUAAACCGGAAUUGCAACCACCCAGUAAACCGGAAUUGCAACCACCCAGUAAACCGGAAUUGCAACCACCCAAUGAUUAG